AUGAAAUCUCGAAGGAAAACAGGCCAAGAAAAGGAUAGCAGCACCUACCCUCCAAAGAAAAUCUUGAGAAGAGGUACUAGAAGAGGUGCUAUUUCUUCCUCUGAUCCUUCGGAUGAUGGAAGUCAUCAGCCAAGAAGAAAUCAGCUAACUCAGAAAGAUAUCAAAGCAUUUUUCAACAAACAACGCAAGAAAAAAAUUGUUCAAACGCCUAUUUUCCAAAAAAUAAAAAAUAUUCCUGCAUUUUCCGACUAUUAUUCAGCUAGUGAGACACAUUCUUCAUCAGAUAAUCCUGCCACAUCAUCAAGUUAUUACUACGAAGAAGAUUCUUAUAGUGAUAUCCCAACACGUACUCAAGAAUCAAUAGAAACAAUGAGUGAUAGAGAUAAUAGUGAUGAUGAAGCUCAAAAACAGCAAGAAAUUCAACUAAUUCAAAAUUCACAAAUUCUUCCACAAAAUAAGCUUGUUCAACCUGUCUCUGAUGAUCAAUUACUGAAAAUAACCAAAAAUCUUAGUGAUUUUGAGUCAGACUUGAAUUCAAAUCAAUUAAGCGAAGAAUCUAAUUUAAUUCCUAGCGAAAUACUUGAUUCUUCUGUUAAUGAGACAAAACAUGUGAAUAAUGAUCAAAACAUUCAAGAAAAAAUAAAUAAUAUUGAGAAUAUUUCUGAUCAAACAAAAGAAUCAAAAGAAAUUAAUGAAUAUGUAUCAGAUUCUUCAUAUUCUUCUGAUUCAGAUGAAAAAGAAGAUAACAAAAAAGUUGGUAUCAAACCAAUGGAAAUAAAACAGCCUGUAGAUCCAAAAAUCAUUCAGAAUCCAUUUGAAGAGUAUCAAGAAGUUAUUUUAUCUGCACAAAUUUCGAAUGAAUUUGAAAAAAAUAUUCCAUCUCCAGAAAAUGAGAAAAAACAAUCAGAAUAUGAAUACUAUUAUACUUAUUCAUCAGAUGUUGUAGAAAUAACUCCAAACAUUGAAGAAAAACAA